ACAUCGUCCACACGCUAAGCCAUAAAAAUGGACGUGAAUGUUGCAACUACUGCAUCACUUCUACCCAGAGCAAGGGCAUCAGGUUCAGACAGGUCAGUCAGUGUGAGUGAGAGGAGCUAGAAUGAUGUUACAUCAGGUUUUUCUGGUUCUGCUCCUGGGCCUGGGUUUGGCAACAGCUGAGCUAACAGGUGAAACAGAGAUCGACGUUGACGAAAGCCACGACUGGGACAUUGACAACAUCAACGCAGUGGUGGGUUUGGACCUGCUGGAGGGCGAUAUUGAGCAGAAUGAAAUAUUCUACAGAAACUCCAUUUUAGGACACGAGUAUCACUGGCCAACAACCGUUCCCUAUCACCUGGACGACAGUCUGGACAUGAAUGCUAAGGGUGUGAUCCUAAAGGCGUUUGACCAAUACAGACUGAAGACCUGUAUCGACUUCAAACCAUGGAAGGAAGAGAAAAACUACAUCGCUGUGUUCAAAGGUGAUGGAUGCUACUCCUCUGUGGGAAACCAGCACGUGGGAAAGCAGCGACUGUCUAUUGGUAAUAACUGCGAUCGUCUGGGAACUGUCAUGCACGAAUUCCUGCAUGCACUGGGAUUUUGGCAUGAGCAGUCCAGGGCCGACCGCGAUGAUUACGUCAACAUCAUGUGGGAUCACAUUGAACCUGGUAAAGAGCACAACUUCAAGAUACGUGACGACACCGUGUCCAGCGAUCUGGGCGUCCCCUACGACUACGACUCUCUGAUGCAUUACAGUAAGACGUCCUUCAGCGUCAGCUCUGAGCCAACCAUCGUCCCCAAGAUCCCACAAUUCACCAAUGUGAUUGGUCAGAGGAUGGGAUUCAGCGCAAGUGACCUCGCCAAACUCAACCGUCUCUACAACUGCACUAAAUCAUCCACUUUUGUGGAAAGCUGCGACUUUGAGGAGGAAAACAUUUGUGGGAUGAUUCAAAAAUGGAGAAUGGCAAAGUGGGAACGCCGUACGUCUGUGAGUGGAGGUCCUCAGACUGACUUCACCAACAUGGGACAAUGCCAAGGUGAAGGUCACUUCAUGCACUUCAGCACAACCCCUGCUGCACCGGGUGACGAGGCUGUGCUGGAAACUCGCUGGCUUUACCCCAAACACGGAGCUCAGUGUCUGCAGUUCUUCCUCUACAACACGGCGGCAGCUACUGACGUUCUCAGCAUUUAUAAGCGGGAGUUCGUGGAGGGCGGCGACUUGAUCAAAAACAUGUUGUUGAAGAACAUACAAGGAGGAGGAACAGGGUCAUGGGAACUGCACACUGUCAAUAUGAAUGUUACAAAGAAGACCAGUGUGGGCUUUCACGCCCGGAGGAGGGGAACUGAUUCAGAGGGGGGCUUCUCUCUCGAUGACAUUAACCUGUCGUCCACAAAGUGCCCCCAGCACAUAUGGCACAUCCGCAACAUCACCGGCCUGUUGGCUACGACGCCAUCAGGCCAAAAACUGUACAGCCCCCGAUUUGUGUCUCCAGCAGGUUACUCCUUCCAGGUUGGCGUGUACCUAAAUGGAAAAAGUAACCGUAAAGGUUACAUGGCCGUCUACUUCCAUUUGACCUCUGGACCCAACGAUGACAAGCUCAAGUGGCCGUGUCCAUGGCAACAGGCGACCAUGGCUCUGAUGGACCAGCAGUCUGACAUCAGGGAGCAGAUGAACAUGCACCGCAUGGUCACCACUGACCCCAACAAGAUGUCCUCUGAUGGUACCGAGUUCUUCUGGGACGAUCCCAGGAAGGUGGGCUCCAAGGUGACCAAGUCCAACGGUGGCUCCUACCACCGAGGUCCAGGCACCGGGACGAGCUCCUUUAUCACACACGACAGACUGGGGAGCAGGAAGUUCAUCAAAGGAGACGACGCCUACUUCCUCCUCAGUCUGGAAGAUAUUUCACAUCUGCUCGUAACUCGUCCUCGAGUUGCAGCCAACGCCGAUGUUGGGAUGAAGGCUGCCGACCAGGACCAGGACCAGGACCCUCCGCGGAGAACCAGCGGUGACCUCGUGGUGAUCACAGCUCUGGCUCUGUCCGUGGCGGUGGGCAUGUUGUUUGUUGUUUCCCUGCUGGUUCUUGGAGACGCCCGGAGGAUGAGGGCAAGACGAAAGGACACAGUGGACGUCGUGUACCAGCCUGGAGUCGGGGGAGGGAGUGAGCGACCGACCACAGACUUACCCUGUCCUCUGACCACGCCCUGAUGUCCUCAGUGACCAGGAAGGACACACCCAUACCUUUACAUUUUACUGGCUGAAAAGUCAUCAAAUGUACUGUGGUCUGUGCUGAAAAUGACUGCAGUACCAACAUUGGCCACAGCGAAGCGCCAUAAUCAAUGUUAUUAUUCUGUAAAACUUCCUGGUGAAGCAGCUUCAGCACCCAAUUCUCCUGCUGAACAUGAACAACACAUUUUAAAGUGGACAACAGUCAGUGUUAAAGGGACAGUUAAGGUUUUUGUUUUCUGCUGACAUACAGCUGACAGUUUUCAUGUCUUUAUCUCACUGUUAGACAGACUGAAGUUUGUAAAGCACUCACUCUCCCACACCAAAGUCCAUAGAGAAAAUCAGUGAUUUUGGCUGGCGGAGACACAGGAGCUGCUGGUCCUCUGCUGCCACGUGUGGUCACUUUGUGUCACUGAGGUCAACCUAAACAAAGGAUUUCAAACACUGAAGUGACAAAAUAAGACAUUUCAACUUAGUAAUGGAGGCAGCAGUGGAUUAACACCUCCUCGGUUUGUGAUGUUAAAAUCACUGAUUUUCUCUCUGGACUUUGGUGUGGGAGAGUGAGUGCUUUACAAACUUCAGUUUCCUGGUGGAAAAGUCUGUCUAACAAUGAGCUAAAGAUGUGAACAUAAGAUAAGACAGCAGACUUCAACUGACAUACAUUUUAUUACACAAGUCUUUUGUUUUCACUGAGAACAAGUGGCAGGUUCUCACAGUAGGGGGCGCUCACAGCCCUGACUUUAUGACAAUACUUGAUACAACCACACUUCAAAAACUAUCUUUAAAUACAAAAAAUAUCAGACACGUUUCAGUUUCAGUCAAGCAUCAUUUUUAUUAUGAGACGCUAAAACACAGCAGCGUUAAUGCUUUCACUCGUGUCCUC